GGGCCGGUCGAGAGCCAGCCCGUGCGCUGGGAGAACUCGGCCGGGGUCAUGGGGAGCUGCCCGCGGGGCUUCCCACUGCCGUGGGCAGUCCUGCUGCUGGCGCUCCAAGCUGGGACGUCCGAGCUCCCCAAGGCCGAGGUGACCCUUGACCCCCCCUGGAUCAACGUUCUCCGGGAGGACCAGGUGACACUGCGCUGUGAGGGCCCCCAGGGCCAGGAGGACCCCAGCACCCACUGGUUCCACAACGGUAGCUCCGUGGGCGCCGAGGGCCAGCACAGCCUGAGUUUCCAGGCCACCAGCGAGGCCAGCGGGAACUACAGCUGCCAGACUGGCCACAGCCGCCUCAGUGACCCCGUGCGGCUGGCCGUGGUCUCGGACUGGCUGCUGCUGCAGACCCCCGCGCGGGAGUUCCGGGAGGGGGACCCCAUCGUGCUGCGGUGCCACAGCUGGAGGAACAAGCCGCUGACCAAGAUCACCUUCUACCAGGACGGGGUGUCCAAGCACUUCUCCUUCGGGAACCAGAACUUCUCCAUCCCGCAGGCCAACGCCAGCCACAGCGGCGAGUACCACUGCCGCGGCCUCAUCGGGAAGGUGGCCCACUCCUCGGCGCCCGUGGCCAUCUCCGUCCGAGGUGGGCGCCGAAAUCCCCUCCAGCCAGAGUUCACCUGCAGUGACCAUAGUGGCCGUGCUGGUCGCCCUGAUCGCGCUGGCCAUGGCCGUGGGCGUGGCCGCCUGGUGGCACCGUCGCCGGAAGCUGACCUCAGAUGCAGGACCUGCUGCCGAGGGGGCGCCCAGGAAGGAGUCCGAGAACACGAUCUCCUACUCGCUGCUCUCGCACCCGGAGGAGAACUACCAGAACAGCAUCUAGGACCCCCGGCUGUCCCUGGGGGUCGCCGCGAGCCGGGACCGGGGUCUCCGGGGAGCAGCAGGGGUCACGGCGACACAGACGCCCCCCAUGGACCAGCGCAGCCCAGCUCCGCCCGUGCCCCUGCGUGGACGCGCCUGAAGCUCCGUCCCCUUCCCCCCGUGCCCGGUGCGGGCCGCAGGUGGACACACGCUGACAUACGUGACCUCGGACUCUGCCGACCCGCGCCCACGUGCCACGCGGGCUCAGCGCCGCGCGGGCACACGUGGGCGAUGUCACGCCUCCCCGUCCCCUCUCCGGCCACAGGACUUUCGUAAUA